CUGUACACAAUUAUCUGUGCGCAAACCUUUAAUAUAUAGGAAUGAAAUGACUCGUAAUUUUCGCAAGGAGAUAAUAAUCAUAUUAUUGUUUGCAUGAUCCGUGCAUAAAUUGAAUAAUAUGUUAAGGGAACAGAGAAACACUAUAUGAAUGACUUUUAUUUUACCCUAUAUUGUACACCGGUGUGCUUCGUUAAAUUAUUUCGCUAUUUUUUGCUUUUGGUCUUACCUGUUAUCGCUUUAUAGUACAAAAUAUUAUACGCUAAGAUCCACAGAACGAAUGUUCAACAUAACUAUUACGAAAAUAUUAUGCACCAUAAUUCCUAUAUAUUAUAUAUUUAAAAAAAUGGUAGAAGCGUGGUCAAAAAGUGGAUGGUGGACCAAGUAUUCAGAAAUUAGACUAAUUGAUUUAGAAAAUAGGAUAUUAUCAGUUUUAACAUCUAUUUUCAAAACAUGGUAUGUCCACGUUGGUCCAAUUGUGGGAGAAGAUGAUAAAAUUUGGACAGUGUUAUUAAACAAAGAUUCCCAAAAUACGCCUCUGGUUUUACUUCACGGAUUUGCUGCAGGUUUGGGUUUCUGGUGCAAGAAUUUUGAUGAUUUAGCUAAAGAUCGUCCGGUUUAUGCCAUUGAUCUAUUAGGUUUUGGUAGAUCUUCUAGGCCCCAUUUUGCGAAGAAGUGUGAAGAUUCUGAACAGCAAAUGGUCGACUCCAUAGAAGCGUGGCGAAAACAGUUAAAUUUGGAGAAAUUUAUUUUGUUGGGUCACAGUUUUGGAGGAUAUUUAGCCACCAGUUAUGCUAUCAAUCAUCCGGACAGGGUCAAGCAUUUGAUUUUAGCAGAUCCAUGGGGUUUUUCUGAGAUUCCACCCCACUUAAACUUAUCGCUAAGGCUACGAGUGUUAAGCGUUAUAUUAUAUCCUUUUACUUAUUUUAAUCCUUUAGCGGCAGUAAGAGCCACUGGACCUCUUGGUCCAUGGUUGGUUAAAAAAAUGAGAGGUGAUAUAUCAUUGAAAUAUGAUGAUGUUUUAAGUGACAGUGGUAUCAUAUUAGAAUAUAUUUAUCAGUGCAACUCACAAUAUCCCAGUGGUGAAACUGCUUUUCAUAGCUUUAUUUCAAAAUUUGCCUAUGCUAAAAAUCCCAUGAUCCGAAGGUUUGAUAAGAUCAAAUCUGAAAUCCCUAUAACUGUGAUGUUUGGUCAGUAUUCGUGGAUAUCCAAAGAAUCGGCAAUUACCUUGCGAAGUCAGAGACCUAAUUCAUAUGUUAACAUUGAGGUCAUACCAAAUGCAGGUCACCAUCUAUAUUCUGACAGACCAAAACUUUUUAAUAAGAUAGUCAACGAAACGUGCAAGAUUUCAGAUUUGGGCUUGGACGUCGACAAUACUUACGCCAAGGAAAUACCAAAUAAUUUGCUUAACGACACGUUCAGAUGGAAGUUUGACAAAUAUAUCGAGGAAGAAACUAAAGAAAUGGACGAGGAGGAACAAGAAGCCGUUAUUAAAGGGGUCAAGGUGAAUCAAAACACCGUAACCGUAAAAUAGUAGAGAUGCAUUUUAAUCAGUGAUAUUAAUAUGCUUCCAAGUGAAAAAUUGUUUAUUUAUUAUUUAUUUUGGUGUACUAUUACUAAAAUAUACAUAUACAUACAAUAUAUAUGUAAAAUAUUA